UUAAACAGAUAAGGCUCUGACAGUCUGCUCAUAACGAUAAUCUAUCAUCAACAACAAUGACCGAUUUGGCGAUCUCCGCGCUGGCAGUGAGUUGUUGUAUCGUGUUGUCGCACGCAGCAGUAAAGACGUGCACACACAACGGCGCGACGUACGACCUCGGCGACUCCUGGGUGGCUGACGACAGCUGCAACGGAUGCGACUGCACCGACUUCGGCACGGAAUGUGGCUCUCAUCUCAACUGUGACAACAACAAUCUCCUUGGGAAACCUGGGGAUCCUCUGUGCCGAUAUGGAUAUCAGUUUCAUCGUGUUGGGGAGGCCUGGCAGGCACAGGACCACUGCAACAACUGCAACUGCACCGUCAGCGGCAUGAUGUGCACGUACAAGCCCUGCAAGAACACCGGCUUCGAUAAGCCUAAAGAAAAUGGCGGUGAAUUUAUGGACUGUCCCUACAAGAACGUCUACUACCACUACGGUGCGCACUUCCUCGCCGACAACGGCUGCAACACCUGCAUCUGCGUCAUGCCUGGAAACUACGCCACCUUCCCAGGGUGCACCACGACAAAGUGCACGCUCAUUGGCUGAAUACUGCACCCAAGUCGAUAGCUUUGCCGCCUCACCAUCCUUCUGAAACACCACGUAGUAGGUUUCGCUUGAUCACAACCAUGUCAAUUUUUUCCACAACUGAUUUUUUAAGGAAUUAAUUUUUUCUUAUCUUACAUUGGUCAGUUCAUUGAGAAUAAUAAUGAGGUUUCGGAGUUUCGGUGUUAUUUUUGACAAAUCAUUAUUUUGUUGUGAAAAAUAUAAAUCCAUUACAUUCGUGAUGUACAAAAUGAGAGCUUCAUUGCUAUGACUGUAUACAUCGAACAAUAAAGACUGUGUGAUGUUCAA